GGGAGCGUCUGCCCAAAUUUUUUAGGCCGAGAUGAACUUAUAGUUUUUUAUUUAAAAAAAAAAUUUCCAAUAUGUAAUGCCCAUUGUACAUGCCUGUUCUUUAAUUCAAAAUCAUCAUCUUGAUCUUCAGAUUGACCGUAUGGUAUCUGUAUUACAUUACACAACAUCCUGUCCAGAUAAAACCGUUAGUACACACAGCAGUUGAAAGGGAAGUGAUGAGUGAUGUUGAAUGUUGCCUGCUUAAUAUGCAAGACCUCCUGCUACCAUGAUAACAUCAGAAGAAAGCUUAAGAGAAUUAUAUGACAGAACUUUUUUCUGGUUUGCACUUCAUUUUAAAGGAUUGGAGUAUUCAAAGACAUUAAAAGGUGCAUUGAUUUUUUUGAAAUCAUCAAAUGUGAAUUGAUUAAAAACAAGUCUCUUGUACCAUAUUAAUCAUUUUCACCUGGUAGUCCACCAAGAAGGGGAAUUUAUUUCCAAAUACAUUGCAGCUUUUUUAAAAGGUAGCCUACGUUGUGCUCGUGAUGAGCUUUAUCAUAGCCUUCUUGGCUUACAGGAAACGGACAUCCGUGAGUCAGGCUAUAAACCAAUUUUGAUGCAUACAGUAGCAGCUUGACGCGAGGAACCGGCCUUAUUGCAUUAUCCCGUUUAUCCCGCUUCAGCAUUCAUGCAAGUUAUUAAUAAUGGCUUGACAUUCACAAUAAAUAAGGAUUUCCCACUAGCCUAAAUAAAAUGUUAUACUCAUGAGGAUGCCUAGUUGAUGCUAUCUGAAGCAUAAAAUCUGAAUAUUUUAAGAAACAUCUUUAUUAGCUUUAUUGGCGAAGUAGAUAAACCAUCACUGCACUGGAUUUCUCAGCUAUGAAUAGGGUUACAUAUUCAUAGAACACUAUUUUAAGACUGUUCACAAUAGUUUACCUACAUUUAGUGGUAUACACAUGUAAAAAAAUUGUUUUCAGCAUUUGAUAAAACUGAAAAUAGUUUUCUAUGAAUUUUGGAAUAAUUCGUUUACUGUAUGUAGUAAUGGAAAAGGUGAUCUAGUAUGUGGCAAUGGUUUACCUACAUUUAGUGGUAUUCACACAUGUAAAAAGAAAAUUUCCAGCAUUUGAUAAACUAGUUAAACAUUGCUGAACAGUCUUAAAAUAGUGUUCUAUGAAUAUUUGAAAUAUUUCUUCUGCAAAUAGUAAAGAAGAAAGUUGAUUUGCUACCAUCACUAUGUAGGCUGUUGUGUGGUACAAUAGCUAGCCAUUAUCUAGUGUAAUAUUUACCUGUAUUUGAAUUUAAAAUUGUGGUCCAACCAUUAAAAUUAUUUUGUAUAUAUAGACCAUAUUAUGUCUUGAAUACUCACUGUUAUUUUUCAUUUAUAACCUUGCAAAAUGGGCUCAGAAAGCACCUCAGAGCACUGUAUUUUCAAAAAUUUUCUGGGGGUGAUCCCCCAGACCCCCCCCUUGUGGGAGGGGGAUACCCCCUCCCCGCGCUCCGCGCACCUUGGGCUAUAAGCCCAAGGCGCUGCUUUGCGCCUUGCCGGCGUUGCUGGCUUGUUCGGCUGCUGCGCACCCUCAGCAUCCGGCUUCAGUAAGUUUUUUCAGUCAAAAUGACUUCUGUCUGCUAACACCCAUGAUUAAUGUGCUCAUCUCUGUAAAUGACUGUUUUAUAGAGUUAGCUGAUGAUAAAUUGUUGUUGUGUCAUGGUUAUAACAGUCACAGUCCAUGUCAGAUGUAAUAAAUCAGUGUGGGCACAUUACUUUCAUUUCCUUAAAAGUGAAAGUGAUGUGUUCCUGCUCUGCUGAAACCCCACCCUGUGUGGUCUCCUGAUUUCUCUCUUCUUCUUCUACUUCUGUGAGGAUUGAGACUGAAGCUGGAACGAUCUGCUCAGAUGUCUGUCUGAUAUAUCUCCAUGAUGAGUGUGAUUAAGUCCCAACUGUCCAAGCAGCAGGAGAUGAAGCUGUGUUCUCUACUCGGUCACGUGAAACUCAGUCUGCUGUUCAAGGCCAGUGUGCACGGUUUCAACGCUACAGCCUUCCACCAGAAGUGUGAUCAUCAGGGCCCCACUGUUACUGUAGCAUAUAAUAAGUCAGGCUACAUUUUUGGAGGGUACACCAGUAAAGAUUACGCUCAGACGUAUCAGUACAUCGCAGAUGACAAUGCCUUCCUGUUUAGCUUCAAAGCGAGUGAGGUUGAUGAAGCUCCUCUGCGUGUGGUGAGCACAGACGCAAACCAGUUGUUGCAUGAUGGAAACACUGGGCCUCAUUAUGUCUCCAUGGUUUUUCUGUACAAUGACACUGCUACUGUCCAAAGCAAUCCAGGCACCUAUAAUUUUAACCCAGUGGAGAUGCAUGGCAAUGACCUCCAGCUGAGCGAGUGUGAGGUGUACCGAGUGGAAGGGUUGGAUAAACUCAUGGAGAAACCAUGGAGAAACAUCAACUGGAGUUUGGAGAAGAGGACGUCUCUGAUGGAGGCGAUCGCGGGCUGGACUCCGAGUACGGCUUCGGUGCAGAAAGCUCGUGUGUUGCUUGUCGGUGCUGUGGGAGCAGGUAAAUCCAGCUUCUUUAACUCCAUUAACUCCGUGUUUAAAGGCCAUGUGAGCUUUCGGGCCAACACGGGCAUCGCCGGCACCAGCCUCACCAAACAGUUCCGUGUGUACCCUGUUCAGGUGGGCAGUAAGACGUUGCCCAUCACACUGUGUGACACUAUGGGACUGGAAGAGGGACUUAACACUGGACUGGAUAUCGACGACUUCACCCACAUUUUAAAGGGUCACAUUCAGGACAAAUACCAGUUUAACCCAGUGAUGCCUCUCCAAUCGGAUUCUCUUUAUUUUUAUGAAAAGCCGACUUUGAAGGACAAGAUCCACACCGUGGUGUAUGUGCUGGAUGCCUGCAAGAUCAAACUUCUGUCGGAAAAGAUGAUCGAGAAACUGGCUGCUCUCCGCACAAAAGCCAUGCGAAUGGGAAUACCACAGAUGGUUCUGCUGACGAAGGUGGACGAAGCGUGUCCUUAUGUUGGAGAGGAUCUGAAACACAUCUAUCAGAGCCAUUACAUCUACAGGAUGAUGAACGAGGUGAGUGUACAGCUGGGCGUUUCUCUCAACACUGUGGUUCCAGUGAAGAACUACAGUAAAGCGCUCGAGCUGGACCUUCACACUGACAUCCUGCUCCUCAGUGCCAUGCUGCAGAUCAUCAGAACCACCGAGGCGUUCUUCGACGACCUUUCCUGAGAGGAAGCGCAGAGGAGACGUCUCAGAUGUUGGACUCCAUCGUUAUCCUGUUAAACCUGCUUCGGGCUGAAACCUGCACGUCACUGCUGUUUAAAUCACAUUUAUUCACUAUUUGCACUUCUGCUGAGUAAAGCUGACAUAAACGCAUUGGGCUGAUUGAAAUAAAUAUCAGUUUCAUAUGUAAAUCCUGGAAAUAAAUAUCAUGUUUUUGAAAUGAA